GGGACUCAUGUGCUCAUGUGUUUGCGAAACGUAUAUAAGUGUCGUGAAAGGACGUGAGCGGACGUGAAUGUUGAGAUGUGUUGAGUGUGAUAAGACGCCGCCGAAGUUUGACGACUCCAGCAAGAUGGUUGCAGAAUCCACAGUACUGACAACUUAUUCAGACGAAUCUCAGACAUCACGGUUAGCCAGAAAGUCAAAGGAAGCCCCAUUUAUGCCAAUUGGACUUGCAGGACUAACUUUGGCUUGCUUGUAUGGUGCAUAUAAGUUUAAACACCGAGGCACUAUGUCAACAUCCGUGUUCCUCAUGCAGCUCCGAGUUGCAGCACAGGGAACUGUUGUCGCAUGUCUGACAGCUGGUAUUGGCUAUAGUCUCUUCAAGGACUAUGUACUGAAGUCAGAUGAAGUCAAGAAAGAUUAACAUUUCUCUUUAGAUGUAGAUCAGGAAUUAUUAAAUAUCAGUAAACCAGUGUGAACAUUCAUUGUGACAAGGUCAUGUUUUAUGCCAGUUUCUUGUAUGAGAACUGAGUGGAUGUUUGACAAGCCUGAGACCAAAUGCACAUUAACUUUACUCUCCUCCACACAGGUGUGUACCAUACUUUUCAUGGCUGUAGCACAGACUCUGAAAGUAAAGUCAGGAUGCCACAUGACAGGAAUGAUAAGAUUUGGAUCUACAUAUACAGUACAACCACUGUGGGGAGGUGACCAAGAUGUGCUGUAUAUAAUGCCAUAUGCUUUCUCAUGGCAGUUGUGUUGUAGUCAGCAUUCAGCUUCUGGUGUCUUAUAAAUACCCUCAUAAUGAAAGAAAAAAGAAAAUAACAUAAAAGUGAAAUUGUGUUUCAAGAUUAUUUACUUGAUGCAAAGUUGUGUGUACUGUAACAUUUUUCUGGGUUACAUUGCAUCACAGAUAGUUAUGCUUUGUGUGUGAUGGUCAUUAUUUCACAAGCAACACACUGAAGAAGCAGAACUGUUCAUUUUACGAAUCCUUUCCACUCCAAAAUCAGCUGCAACUGGCAGAUUCUCUGUUGUAACAGAAGAAUUAUUCUUACCAGAAAAGAUAGAAUGCAAGAAUUUGACUUGUUUCAUUCUGGUCCAUCACACUAAUAUUACGAAAAAGUUAAAUAGUUCUGUUCCAGUCACACUGAACGGAACUAUUUAACUUUUUCAUAGAAUGCAAGAGUUCACAUUUACAGUGAUGGCAGCCAAGUAAGGGAAUCUAAUGUUGAACUAGGACCUGCUACUGUGUAUCUGAAAUAUUAGGGGAAUAUGGACUUUUUGAGAGUGUGGAGGUUAUAAGGCUACAAUUUUUGUCUGGAACAUUUUUCAGUUUUCAUCAGAAUUUAUCAAAACAUAUUUAAAAAUGUAAACUGGUAGUUUGUAUCCCUUACUAGAGCAAAAUUACUUUCUGUUAAACUUUGCUAAACACAGCCUCAGAAGUCAUCAGUUCAGUCUUCCAGAGAAGCAGUGUUGGAAAUUUGCAGCUAAUAGGUAUUCACAUGUUUUCAGUAAUGCAUCUAAAAUCUUAUCAACAGUUACAUAUACUAUACACUUAUGUGCACUAUAAACAGUUUGAGGUGAACAGUUAAUUAUUUUAGGGAAUAAUGAAUAAUUUUAUGAACUUGCAUGUUUUAUGUAGCUCCUGCUUCUUCACACCACAGUGAAAGCCACUCCUGCUUUAAUAUUCAAGAACUUCACAUUCACCCAGGGUGUUUAUAGGUUUUGUUCAGGUCUCAGUAUGUAGUAACUGUUUUGCCUAAAUAUCAUUAACUGGGUGGUCUUUAUAAUCAAGAUGUGUUUAGCAUAUUCUGAUGUGAAUUUAAUGUUAUUGCAAAGUACAAACUGGUUGCAUCAUGGGAGGCUAUAGAGCUUUUGUUUUGAAAUAGACCGAGAUAAGUGGAAGGAGCAAAGAUUGAAUUUCAGAGUUUGUGUACUGUAUUUAUUAUGUAUUAUAUUUUUUGUUAUAAAAGCAUGACACUUUUACCACAUAAGUUGGAAUAAACUCUUCAUGUCAGUCUGUCAGAGGAACUGUAUCACAUUGAAGCUUACUGUAGGCAUACAUUUCGAGGAAGAGAUUAGUGAUACACUGAUUGAAAAUAAACUGAGAAUUAUCCUUAUCCACGAAAUAAAAUUCAUUCUUUCCUUUUGUUCAUUGUCAUGUAGGACAUGAAAAAGCAGGCCUCUGCAUUCAGUAUACUUCAAACAGAUGUUAGAAAUAGCUUCUUUAUUUUCAUUAUUGUCUGCAACCCCAUUCACAUUAUAAUUUAAGGAAUAAAUUGGUAUCAUUGUCACAGGAGUGUUGCUACACCAUCUACACACGAGAUUCAUAAAGCAAGGACCCCCACAGAAGUAAGGGGAUAACAUUUAAAUGAAACCAGACAGCAUGGUCAUCUAAUAAGACUACUUUUAUUUCUUCAAAAUAAGGAAAGUAGGCUAAAAAUAUGUGAUCAUGUAAACAUAUGAAUAUUUGCAGGUAGUUGUAAUUCCAAGUAAUUUAAUUUAUGUAAUAUUUUUACAAAUUUUAAGUAUAAUUUUCAAUGUGUCACAAUACCUAAUCAGUUUAUAUCAUAUUACAAAUAAGUGAUAUUAUAUUUUGUUUAAUUUAUAUGUGUUAUUACCACCAUAAAUAAAGACUCCUCUUAUGUCAA